GCAUUCGAAUCGAUAAGAAACACAUUUCGCAACGAAAAAAAUAUAUUUUUUUUCAGUGACAAUCGUACAACACCUCAAUAUCUUGAAGAAUUCGUUAAUCAUUACCGCUUCGAGCACCUCUGUCGAGAAUAGUGUGACCAUCGCUGCCAGCUGAUAAUACCAAGCUAUGCCAAUAUUCUAGCGCCCAUUUUUGCGAGGUUAAAAUAAAUUUCGCAAGCCGGCUGCAACUGCAAAGUACAGUGCCAGAAGUAGAUAAAAUAAAUUGAAUACAAUCUAGAAUAACCAUGUCGAUUACAAACUUCAACUUCGCUACCAUGGCGGCCCAGCUUGUCCAGGAGCAGGGCAUUUCGUUCCAGGAUAAAGCGCUCACUUGGGAUACAGCUGCCGAUGUCAAGGAUGUUGUGGAUGCGCUUAACAAACAGACUACGGUGCACUACCUCAAUCUGGACGGGAACACAUUGGGCGUAGAAGCUGCCCAGGCGAUUGGCGAGGCGCUAAAGCGUCAUCCGGAAUUUCGGAAGGCGCUGUGGAAAAAUCUCUUCACGCGUCGCCUUAAAUCGGAGAUUCCGGAGGCCUUGAAACACUUAGGAGCUGGCCUGAUUGCAGCGGGAGCGAAGCUGACGGUCCUCGAUCUCAGCGACAACGCCUUGGGACCGAACGGCAUGCGGGGAUUGGAGGAGUUCCUCCGUUCGCCCGUCUGCUACUCUUUGCAGGAACUGCUCCUCUAUAAUUGUGGCCUGGGUCCCGAGGGCGGAAGCAUGUUGUCCAAGGCUUUAAUUGAUCUGCAUGCGAAUGCCAAGAAGGCGGGAUCCCCGCUUCAGCUGCGCGUCUUUAUCGGCGGACGUAAUCGACUCGAGAACUCAGGCGCCAAAGCCAUCGCCGCUGCUAUCAAAACACUCAAGACCUUCGAGGAGAUUGUCUUGCUGCAAAACUCCAUCUACUACGAUGGCGUUGAGGCUCUGGCCGAAGCCUUUAAGGAGAAUCGUCAUUUGCGGGUGCUCAACAUGAACGAUAACACGCUUAGGGCAACUGGAGCGGAAAAGAUCGCCGAAGUAUUACCCUUCGUGCCAUUGCUUCGGGAAUUUAACUUUGGCGACUGUCUGAUUCGUACCAAUGGCGCCUAUCACUUAGGCGAGGCUCUGGAGAACUCCACCGAUCAACUGGAGGUUGUCGACUUGGGCUUUAACGAGAUAAACAGUGAUGGCGGUCUGGUACUGGUGAACGCCAUGCGAAACAAGCCCAAACUGCGCCUCUUCAACCUUGAUGGUAACUGCUUUGGUCAGAAAGGUGCCGAUCAGGUAAUCAGCGAAAUGGCCAAGUUGCCCAACGCGGCCGCGCUGCAGCCGUUUGAGGAGAUCGUCUCCGAGGAUGAAGAGGCGUCGGGCGAGGAGGAUGAUGAUGAGAACCAAGGCGAUGAGUACGAUGAUGACGAUGGUGAGGAAGAGGAGGAGUACGACGAGCACGAGCAUGCCAACGAUACCACUGAAGAGGCCGACGAGGACGAUGAGGAGUACGACAACGUGGCCGAGGAGACGGCCUAUGUCACCACGAAUGCCUUCUCGACCAAGCUCUUUAAUGAUACAAACAACUCAAAGGCCAGCGAUACCUUUGCGGUGGCCAAUCAAACGAUCAGCCAGAAGUGCACUCCUGAAGAAUUCUGCCUGAGCCAGACUCCCUGCUCCCAGCAACAAUUUGAUUCUCUGGAUUCGGACAACAAGCUUCAGGCUCUGCAGUAUAUUGUCAACCAAUUCACCGGCGACAACCAUUUGCUGUUGCUCAUCUUCACCACUUUGAAGUGCGCCCAUUUGUCGAAGUCAUCGAAGGCGGCUUUGGAUCUGGCGGUCUCACUAUAUCAGGCUACCUUUGACUAUGCCCUAAAAACAAAUCAGGAGACCCGUGUGCUCAACUAUGUCCUCAUGCAGCUGCGCCUUCUGCGCUGUGAGGAGCCAUUUAAAUCGGAUUACGAUGUGAAGAGCUGCCGAUAUGCUCUACGCGAAGCUAUUAAGCAGCCGCAGUUUGCCAACGAUAGGAUCAAGAACUCCUUUAAGACAUUCCUCGAACAGGUCGACGUGUAAACAUUUUUAAUUUUGUCGGCCCCUAGAGAUUUUUAUUUUCUACGUUCCAAUAAAUGUUUUCUUUGGUGAAAAAAAGAAA